GGAGGCGUCAUUCGGUGAAAACACAGGAGUACCAGAGCCGCUGCUAUCGAUCACACGUAUCGCGGAGAAGUCAACAGGCAUCAAGCUGAACACCACGACCAUUUUCAUACUGCAGUGAAAUGAGGGCACAAUGGGAGCCAAAGAGUCAAGGAUAGGCUUCCUUUCUUACGACGAGGCCGUCAAAAGAGUCACGGAUGUGGAGCUGAAACGGCUGAAGGAUGCCUUCAAGAGGACCUGUGGCGUGUCUUACUACAUGAGCCAGCAAUGCUUCUACAGGGAAGUGCUGGGGGACGCCGUCCCACCCAAGGUUGCGGAGGUGAUCUACACGUCGUUUGGAGGCACGUCCAAAGGACUUCACUUCAACAACCUCAUCAUUGGCCUGGUGCUGCUCACACGGGGCAGGGAUGAGGAGAAAGCCAAAUAUAUCUUCAGUCUCUUCUCCAGUGAGUCGGGGAGCUAUGCUACGCGUGAUGACGUGGAGAGCAUGCUGCGAGCAGUGGAUGGACAGGUCCCACCCUCGCUCAGGAAGUGUUUUGCGGAGGGCGAGCGCGUGCAGUAUGAGCGCUUUAGGAGCUGGCUGCUGCAGAAUAAGGAAGCCUUCACCUUCUCAAGAUGGCUGCUCUCCGCUGGGGUCUGCGUCACACUCACCGAUGACAGCGACACGCCCACCUUCUACCAGACCCUCGCCGGCGUCACACACUUAGAAGAAUCGGACAUCAUCGACUUGGAGAAGCGCUAUUGGCUGCUGAAGGCUCAGUCGCGGACGGGACGCUUCGACCUGGAAACCUUCGUCCCCCUGGUCUCACCUCCCAUUCAUGCAUCGCUUAGUGAAGGCUUGUUCCACGCCUUUGAUGAGAACCGGGACAAUCACAUCGACUUCAAGGAGAUCUCAUGCGGCCUGUCGGCCUGCUGUAGAGGCCCUGUAGCGGAGAGACAGAAGUUCUGCUUCAAGGUGUUUGAUGUGGACCGCGAUGGUGUGCUGUCCAGACAAGAGGUCCAUGACAUGGUUGUGGCCCUGCUGGAGGUGUGGAGGGACAACCGCACUGACACUUUACCUGAACUGCUAGCUAACGUGUCGGACAUAGUGGAUGGCAUUUUGACAAUGCACGACACAACGAAGGUGGGGCAGCUGACCCUGGAGGACUACCAGAUCUGGAGUGUGAAGAGUGCCCUGGCCAACGAGUUCCUCAACCUGCUGUUUCAGGUGUGCCACAUAGUGCUUGGUCUGAGGCCAGCUACGCCAGAGGAGGAGGGCCAGAUCAUCAGGGGCUGGCUGGAGAGGGAAAGCAGGCAUGGGCUGAAGACGGGCCAGAACUGGUUCCUCAUCUCCAUGCAGUGGUGGCAGCAGUGGAAGGAUUAUGUCAAAUACGACAACAAGUCCAUUGUGGUGGAGCAGCCCUCCAUCAGCCUGGGUGCUGGGAGGAGAAGCAGCCCCCAGUCCAGUGCUGGCGUGGAGCCCGCCCCCCUGCCCUCGCGAGCGGGUUACACCAACGGCAGCGGAGGGGUGGUGCGGUCCUCCAGCUCCUCUGACGACAAGUCCUCGGACAUCUCCAGUGCGUCGGAGGCAGUGGAAAGCCCCAGCACCGGCCUGAUCCCUCACAUGAGUUCGUCGGCGACGGAGCUGUGCUUCGCGCGGCAGCACAACGCCUCGGACAACAACAACCAGUGCUUCUCCAGCUCCACCUCCAAUGGCCACCUGCCCUCCCCCCUCACCACACAGAGACCCGCCGCCAUAGACAACCAGCCACUCGUCCUCACAGACCCUGUGAAGGCUCCGACGUUAACGAUGGAGGGCGGGCGUCUGAAGCGUUCUCCACCCCUGGCAGUGGGCCGGGACUUUGAGACGGUGCCAGAGCCGGUGUGGAGGGCACUCUACCACUGGUACGGUGCCAACCUCAGCCUGCCACGACCGGUGAUCCAGCACAGCAAGACGGGGCAGCCCGAGCUGGAGCUCUUCCCCCGCUACCUGCUCUUCCUGCGGCAGCAGCCGGCCACGCGCACCCCCCAGUCCAACAUCUGGGUCAACAUGGGUAUGACCAGCCUGCGCAUGUUCCCCGAGCACAUACCCCGAGGUAACAUGCCCUCUCCCAGUGCGCCCCUAAAGCGAGUGCUGGCUUACACGGGCUGCUUCAGCUGUAUGGGCACCAUCAAGGACAUCCACGAGUACCUGUCACAGCGCCUGCGCAUCAAGGUCGAGGACAUGAGGCUCUGGCUCUACAACAGUGAGAAUUACCUCACACUCUUGGAUGAUGAGGACCACACACUAGAAAGCUUGAAGAUUCAGGACGAGCAGCACUUAGUCAUUGAAGUUCGAAACAAAGACAUGAGCUGGCCAGAGGAAAUGUCAUUCAUUGCCAACAGCAGCAAAAUCGACCGCCACAAAGUCCCGACGGAGAAGGGUGCGACGGGGCUGAGUAACCUUGGCAACACCUGCUUCAUGAACUCCAGUAUCCAGUGUGUGAGCAACACCAAGCCCCUCACAGACUACUUCAUCUCAGGCCGCCACCUCUACGAGCUCAACAGGACCAAUCCCAUUGGAAUGCGAGGCCACAUGGCCAAGUGCUAUGGGGAUUUGGUGCAGGAGCUGUGGAGUGGAGCGCAGAAGAGUGUGGCGCCACUGAAGCUCAGGUGGACGAUAGCGAAGUAUGCGCCGCGCUUCAAUGGUUUCCAGCAGCAGGACUCCCAGGAGCUGUUGGCCUUCCUGCUGGAUGGGCUGCAUGAGGACCUGAACCGCGUCCAUGAGAAGCCCUACGUGGAGCUCAAGGACAGCGACGGCAGGCCCGACUACGAGGUGGCUUCGGAGGCGUGGGAGAACCACCUGAGGAGGAACCGCUCCAUCGUGGUGGACCUGUUCCACGGCCAGCUCAAGUCCCAGGUGAAGUGCAAGACCUGCGGCCACAUCAGCGCUCGCUUCGACCCCUUCAACUUCCUCUCCCUGCCCCUGCCCAUGGACAGCUCCAUGCACCUGGAGAUCACAGUGAUCAAGCUGGAUGGCUCGACGCCAGUGCGCUUCGGGCUGCGGUUGAACAUGGACGAGAAGUACACGGGCCUGAAGAAACAGCUGAGCGAGCUGUGCUGCCUGAAGCCAGACCAGAUCCUCCUGGCAGAGGUGCACAACUUCAACGUCAGGAACUUCCCCCAGGACAAUCAGAAGGUGCGGCUGUCUGUCAACGGUUUCCUGUGUGCGUUUGAGAUCCCUGUGCCUGGCUCACCUACCUCUGUCACCUCGCCAACACCAGCAGAAAGCACAUCGUUACCCAACGGGGUACCCUCCGCCAACGGGCACAUAGGGGGCGGGAAGCCCGGUGGCCUGAUUCCCAACGGCAUUCCGAGCAGCAAGGUGGUGCCCUGCCCCUCCACCCCGGAGAAGCCCCUCGCCAACGGCGUUCCCAACGGACACGCCACGCCCGUCCAGGAGAACAACCCCUUUAUCGGAUACAUCAUCGCUAUGCACCGCAAGAUGAUGCGGACGGAGCUCUACUUCCUGUCGUCCCAGAAGAACCGACCCAGUCUGUUCGGCAUGCCGCUGAUCGUGCCGUGCACGGUGCACACCACUAAGAAGGACCUGUACGACGCCGUCUGGAUCCAGGUGUCCCGCCUGGCCAGCCCCCUGCCCCCCCAGGAGGCCAGCAACCACGCACAGGACUGUGAUGACAGCAUGGGCUACCAGUACCCCUUCACCCUGCGUGUGGUGGCCAAAGAUGGCAACUCCUGCGCCUGGUGCCCCUGGUACAGGUUCUGUCGGGGCUGCAUGGUGGACUGCUGUGAGGACAGGGCUGCUCUGGGGAACGCCUACAUCGCCGUAGACUGGGACCCCACCGCACUGCACCUCCGCUACCAGACGUCUCAGGAGAGGAUAGUGGAGGAGCACUGUAGUGUGGAGCAGAGCAGGCGAGCCCAGGCCGAGCCCAUCAGCCUGGACAGCUGCCUGAAGGCCUUCACCAGCGAGGAGGAGCUGGGGGAGGACGAGCUCUACUACUGCUCCAAGUGCAAGACACACCGCCUGGCCACCAAGAAGCUGGACCUCUGGAGGCUGCCCCCCAUCCUGAUCGUCCACUUAAAACGCUUCCAGUUGGUCAACAAUCGUUGGAUCAAGUCCCAGAAGAUCGUCAAGUUCCCCAGGAUGGGCUUUGACCCCGCAGCCUUCCUGGCUCCUCGGGACUUGGAGCAACGACUGAAGGAGGAGGCGCAGAGGGUGGUGGGAGCAGCGGGGGGAGCAGGGGACACCUCCUCCUCCUCGGGGGCCAGCAGCACCAUCUGCAGCCUCUCCUCCGUCUCCACCAGCACCGUCUCCAGCCUCAACAGCACUCCCAAAGCUUCCCCAGCGCUGGGCAGGCGCUCCGGCAGCCCCCUGAAGAGCUCCAGCCCUGCGGGCAGCCCCAAGGGCGGCAGCGGGGGCGGCGGUCGCAAGCAGAGCCGCCUACGCCUACCUCAGCUGGGCAGCCGGCACCGCCUCACCACCAGCAAGGACAACCUGGAGAUCAGCCUCACUGGAAGCAGCAGCACUACCAACAUGACCACCAACAGCAGCAGCAGUAACAGCAAGGAGAGCGGCCUGGGGGACAUGGAGCCCAGCUCAGCCUCCAUGGUGGACACAGUGAUCCCCCUGGAGAUUGUGGUGGGGGGUGGGGGAGGACUGGCCACGGGGCCUGAGGAAGGGAACACACUGGACUCCUGGUCGGAGGAGGCUUCUGGAAGCGAGAGCGGGGAUGCAGUUGUCAUGACAAACGGACUUGAGGCAGAUGGUCACCAUGCCAACAGCAACGGGCACACAGACGCAGGGGAGACAGAGGCCUGUCCGCAGCCUGUGUACAACCUGUAUGCAAUCUCAUGCCAUUCGGGAAUCAUGGGAGGAGGCCACUAUGUGACUUAUGCCAAAAACCCAAAUGAUAAAUGGUACUAUUACAACGACAGCAGCUGCAAGGAGGUGAACUCGGAGGAGGUGGACGCAGACUCUGCCUACAUCCUGUUCUACGAGCAGCAGGGCGUGGACAACUCGCGCUUCCUGCCACGCACCGACGGCAAAAAGAUGGCCGACACCAGCAGCAUGGACGAGGACUUCGAGUCCGACUACAAGAAGUACUGCGUCAUCCAGUGAUGUCACUUCCUUUUCCUUUCACAGAAGCACUUUACUGUACGUGUGUGAGAGGCUCGCUCGUGCUGCGUCACACAUAGACACACACAAACACACACACACACACAAAUACGUCAGAAGAGAAGAGGAGUCGCCUGCAUUGUCAGUCAGGAGUUGUCGUCAAGCACAAAAGGGUCCCGGUUUUCUUUUCGUUUGUUUAUAUUUUUAAGAAGUCCAAGCUAGCUGGCUGACUAACUGCUGGCGGCCAUUUUGGAUGGAUAGAGACUCCAACCCCUGAGGGUGUUAUGGAAUGACGGUGAGAGUCUGGCAGAGGGACUAAAACUUGUUGGGUGGUUUCAUUGUUGCCAAGCGAACAAAAGUGUCCGUUUUUGUUUUUUAGGAUUGGACCAGUGCACGCAAAUCGUGUCUACUUAUCGUGAAACAACCCCAACAUCAACAACAACAACAAAAAGCAAAUAAAUAAUACAAGUAAUUGAACAAGACUGAAGCACACAACACACUCACCACACAGAGGUUCUUUACUUUGAACUGAUCUAUUUAUUCUAUAUUAGUGCUACAGGCCGAUCCAACCUGCCAUAAGAAAGCACACAAUCAGUAUUCCAACACGUGCUAAACCUACUCAAAGAGUAUAUUAUUUUGGUUCAUUCAUUGGCCAGGCCAAAAUGUUUUCUCCCAAAGCUUAACUUUCCUCAGAUGUCUGUCUGUAAAAGAAAGGAAAGAUUCUCAUAACUCACUACCUCACAUUUUCUUUAUUUUCUUUUUCUUUCUUUGUGAAACAAAUUGUAAUGUAAGAAAAGAGGGAGCCAACCACAUGAGGGUAAUGCCAUUCCACUAACCCAUCAAAAGCCAGUCAUUUUUAUAUUUUUUAUCUUUACCUGGCCCCCGUCUGUCUUAUCUGUCUUUCUGUCUGUGUUUUCGUCUGUGUCCACCCACAGUGUUUUAUGUCACCUGUGGGUGGCACCAAACACAUGUCACAUGCAUUUAGUAUUGGGAAGGGGGCCAGGUUGCCAUCUCGGAAUGCUGUUGCUUCUCCCAAUGUGUGUGUCUCUCUAUCCCCUGGCUCCAUUGGGGCCGUUAAUGGCUCAAAGCUAGAUGAAAAUGUUUAACGGCCAUAGUUUUCCAACUGUCAACUGCCAACUCGUCAUUCAGUGCUGGGAUGACCCAUAUUCACUCCUAAGGGGAAAUUAGACUGGGACUUUAUGGGACUUAUUGAAUAUUCACGGGAAUGAAUUUGAAUCUGGUACAGCUAUGUUUAGGCUAGGUGCCACAUUAUACAGAACGAACCAAUGAAAUGUAUCCUUUUUCUUUUCUUUUCUUUCUUUGUUUUUUUCUAAGUAUUGAUUUGUUUGUUGAUUUUUUUCCAUUUUGUUUUCAGAUGAGUCUUUUUAUUUAUUUGAUUUAUAAAACGAUAUAAAGAACAGCACAGAUGAUUUUGUUUCGUUAGCAAGGACUUUUGUUUUUUUCUGUUGUUGCUUUUUCUUUGCAAAAAAGAAUGUGAUGCAUAUCAGCCUGGAAUGCCGUGUCACUGCUGUGUACAGUUCACACGUCUUUUCGCACAGCUUUUUUAGAAUGUCAACGGUUCCCAUCGACCAAUUAUAACCACCCCCCACCCCCCUGCCACCUCCCUCUCUUGCUCACAGAGUGACUGUCGAUGUAAAUGACUAAGAACUGUAGCCAAAUGCAUUCAAGCCUGCUGAUUAGCUUUUAGAUGUGUGAUGAAUCCCCCCUGACUUGGAGAUUUUGCAUUGUGAAGCCAAAGUUUGAUAAGAGUUGUCUUGGGACUAGAAAAAAGGGCCCCAUUGGAGGGGUAUUUGUGUGUUUAGUUGACUUAACCUGGAUAUGUUAACUAGAGGAGCAGAGGGUACAUUUACCUGUAAAUAAGGUCCUUUGCGUAUGGAAAAGAAUCCAUAAGACCCUCUUUUCUGGGAGAGUUACAACUCUCUGUGAGAUAGGACGGCCACUAAACCCCUUAGUUGGAAUACCAGCCCAUUAGAGUGUGUUGAUGUUUGGGAAGAACAUCACCAGAUGAGGAAGAUAAGAGGCCAGUUGCCAGUCAGAGUAUGUGGAUGGCCAGUAGCAUUUAUUCAAAAUCCACAUCUCCACUGUGAAGAGAUACAGUAUAAUGAACAAGGAAUGAAUGGAUGAUUGUCUGUCUGUCUGUCCGUCCGUCUGUCUGUCUGUCUGGAUGGUUGUUUAGUUGGUUGGUUUGUGGUUUUGUUUUGUUGUAUGUAUAUUUAUGAUUGUAUGAUUCUGUGAAUCUCCUCGUUGAAGGAGAGGGCAUUAAGCUUUAGAUGCAUCACUGAGCUUGUAGAGAUCAAUAUGCUCCCUUUCCUUUGCACACACACACACACACACACACACACACACACACACACACACACACACACACACACACACACAUACUACACGCACGCACACACGCAAGAACAUACUACACGCACGCACGCACACACGCACGCGCACGCACACUGAUUGACGUGUUUUUUGCUGCUGUACUUGCAAAGUGUCCAGAUUCAAAUGAAAGUGCUUACAGUAGUUUGUUUUGAAACGAAACAGAUAUCCAGGCCUAUCACAAAAAAAUGUUGAGUAUGAAAUUGACCAUAACCACAUUGUAUUGUAAUUUAUUUAUCAUCUCGACAUUCCACAAUGAUUUUCAUUCUUGAUAGUACGUGUAGCUAUGGCCAGUUGUUCAGAUUGCUGGAAGUGGUUAUCCAGUAUUAAAAGAAAAGCAAACAAAAAAAUGGCACGUAUGCUAUUCAAAGGGAACACUUAGGAGGACCAGCCGUAGUGUCCUGCAUACUGUGGGACAUGCGUAUGUGUCCGUGUAUGGGUUGUGAGGCCUAAUGGAGAAGUCACUGUAGAUAUACUGUACCUUAUGUAGACAGGAAACUCGUGCCUUUAGAGGCAAUACGGCUUCGCUGCUCCUAACUCUGCACACAUACACUCGCACCGUUAGCUUUAACGUUCGUUAACACUCGUGCGCACACACACACACACACACACACAUUGUUUUAAAAUGGAUAAUUUAUUAUCACCCGGAUCGUCUGGACGAGGUCAGAUGAGUUGGCUGGUGAUGCAAUCUACUACUGAAGUGUGUGUGUCUUUGUCCUAUCAUCAUAAUUUUUUGUCUUGAUUUAUGUCUCUUGUGUUUGUUUGUUUUCUUUAUUUUUUUAAUAAAUUAAGUUUGAUUGGUUGGCAGAGCUUUGCUAUUAAUUUAAUGAAUUUUAUUUUGUUAAGAAAGUGUUGUUUAAAGAAUACAAAAUGACAUUGCACUGACAUUUAAAAAAUGUACAUAAAAUGUUUUGUAAAUAAAUAUAAAAAACAAUGUAUUUGAGUAUGAGCUGUAAAAAAAAUAUGUGCGUAGUUGUAUAUGAUGAGGUGAUGAUGUUUGAUCUGUAAUAACUAUUGAAGACCAAUUAAAUAUGGCAGAAGCAAUCAGAAGAA